AUGAUGUCUAUCAUACCAGAAAUCAAUGAUGAUGCUUGGAGUGUUAUGGAGUCAAGUUGGGAAGAUCUUAAAAAGUGGAAAAUGAAAGGAACUCAGUAG